UGCAAUCAACUCACUAUUCACGACGCGUGCCGAAUUCAGUUCCAAGACGACUUCGAAGCCACACGCCACGCCACGAAAAUCCCGCCAUCCUCGACUGUUCUGUGACUAGAAUCUGUGAAAAUCUAUCAUUGGGAGUGAUAAUCUAGUCUAGUCAAUAUGAAGUGUUAUCUAAGUGCCGUGUGUGUCUUUAGUGUCCUGGUUGCCCUCAGUUGCGCCGCUCCGAUGCCGCAAAGUGAUCAGUCCGGUGGUUCCAAUACGAGAUUGCAAACGACGAAUAUCGUCGAAGGCAUUAAUAGUAAAAUAAGAUUGUUGAGACAGUACUGUCCGCAAAUAUUCCAGGUGAUAGAUAAUGUGAUACAAAACGUGACAAGCACCGCGUUCCGAGUGAUCGGAAGGGCGGUUCUGCAGAGCGGAGGUUUGGGCGGCGGCAGCCGCAGCUCAGGAGGAGGUUCUACCAGCAAAGUCACCGUAGUUUUGCCAACUUUCCCACCAGAUGAAGAUUACGAUGAUGAGGAAGAUACCAACGAAGUUGGUGGUAGCUCUUCGACUACAACCACCGAGGCUAGUAGUGCAAUUGAAUCUAGAUUAACUGCCACAUCGGACAGUCCCAAGGAAUCAGAGGCUACCGCUGUUAAGGUCGAACCAACAACCGAAGUCGACGGCAAUCCAUUGAAGAUCGUCAUCGAGACAACCAGCGAAGAUGCGAUCACUACAACCCCUAGCGAAAUCGAAGAUCUGAUAACAGUUGACUUACCUAAUUCGGUCGAUCUCAAUGUUAGCACCGGUCUGAAUGUUGAUGAAGCCGUUAGUUCGAUCGAUAAAUUGAUUUACAUGAACUCCGAGGAAGCUAUAGUCAGCGAUGUCGCUACUUCCACGACCGAAGCUGUCCCAGAAGUUAAAUCCGAGGAAGCAAUUGUUUCCGUAGAUAUCACCGCCGAAUUGAUUACCAGCAAUCCCAUAGUUUCAUCCGACGAAGUUGUUCAAGUAGAUGUUACAACAGUAAAAGCUAUUGAUUCGGAGAUUCUUCAACCCGUCGAUGUGACUAAAUCCGAUGAAGUCGAAUUAUCCGUUAAGACUUCUGUACAAUCCGAUGCUGUUGAUGCGACGAUCGAAGCAGUCGUUACGACCGAAACAGUGGUUACGACCGAAAUAGCGGAUUCCUCUGAUUCCAAGGAAACUACGACGAAACAGACAUCUGACGAAUCAAUUGAAAUUAGUAGUGCAACCGAAUCUGUAGUGGCUUCCACAGAAGCCAGUAGUGAAGAUGUCAAAGAGAUCAGCGAAAACGAAAUUGGUAUUGAAGAUAAUAGGAUUAACCUAUUCGAUACAGAAAACAUAAUCGGUGAUGAGACGAGUACUGAAAUGGCCCCGUUCACAUCCUCUCCGAGCGAGUUGAGCAGAGAGAAGAGGGACGUUCGCGUGGUGAGGGCGGCCGAGGCCCAGCAGUCCGAUGAUCAAGAGACCGCAGCGUCGGGUGGAAACGGACCGAAUCCAUCCGAUGAUUUGUCCAAUGUUGAUGCUGACGACGCCGACAGGGACAAGAGGUAUCUGCCAUUCGGAGGCUCUUUCGGUGGUCACGCUUCCGGUGGUCAUGCCGGAGGCGGAUCCGGAAACUUCCUUUUCGACAUCAUCAGGUUGGUGGCUGGAUCUGGAGCGACCGAGGAAUCUGACGAGAAGGACAACUCUCCAGCUGGACCAGGUGGAGUAGCUGAAAUCGACGUUGCCAAGGGAGCCGACGGUUACACCGAAGGAGUUCCCGGACCAAUCACCAGGCUCUUCGUUUUGGCCAACCGCGGUCUCGCCAACUUGGUCCAAGACUUGAUUCUCCGCUUAGCUCAAACCAGCGAGAGGAUAGUCAACUUCAAGGCCCGAUUGGUGACCGCCCUCAUCUAAGUUGCUUGCCCCAACUUGUGACCGAAACUUUUUCGAAAAGAAAAACAAACAUCCUUGUUAACAACAACAAAAAUUAUGAACGACCAAAUUCAAUCAAAUCACCAGCAAAAACUUUAAAUAUAUACAAAAAAAAAUCAUAUCGUUCAAAUAGCGCGCGCUUUUUAGUACUCAAUUUCAAGUUACCAACACACGCUUCAAAUAGUUUUGCACAAAUUGAGAUCAAAAACUACAACAACAAACAAAAAAUAACUCAAUGAAGCUUUCAUACACCGAACACAGAGAAAUUAAAUUGACUUCUCUAGCUUUACAUAUAUUUUUUUUAUACAAACAA